UCCUCUCUCUCCCUCAUCGCUUUAUGAAAGUUGAAACUAGUGAAACAGAGAGGUGAAGGAAAAAAAGUGGAUAAUGGCUUCGUUAUCAGUUAGCAUAGGUAUGAGAGUUCCGACCCCCUCAGCUUCACUCAUUCUCACUGCUCCAAAACCAUCUUCGCUCUCUUUGAGCGUUGCCCGCACUUCCUCCAACGCUCGCUCUCCGCUCCUCCAUUGCUCCUUCCUCUCCUCUCCUUCCCAUCUCUCUUCCCCUCCCUCCCUUUCAGGCUUGUCACUUGGAUUGGAUUUGACCUCUAACGUUGGAGGCAGAAGAAGAAAAGGUUAUGGCCUGGUUGUGAGGGCAGGGAAGGCUGCUCUUUGUCAAACUAAGAGAAACAGAUCAAGAAAAUCAUUGGCACGCACCCAUGGUUUCCGCAAAAGAAUGAGCACACCAGGUGGAAGAAAUGUUUUAAGGAGACGACGUGCCAAGGGACGGAAAAUCCUUUGCACCAAGUCCCACCCAAAUAGUGGAAAAUAGGGCUUGCAAAUGUUCUAUUUCAGCGGCUUCAUGUAUUGAUUCCUCCAAACUUGUCUGCAUUUCAAGUUUUUUAUUUUUCCCCUAACACUGGUUUUUCUGUAUCCUUUAUAUUUAAAAAAUUUAGGCUUACUUUUUGUUCGUGUCAUCUAUAAUUCUUGCUAUGUUGCAUCUAGAUUUGCUUCAAAGAUGUUUACUUUACUACAAAUCGAAUGAUUCGAAUCACAAAUCAGACUUGAUGGAAUUGGUUUUGCAAGUAAUUGCUCUUAUGCUAUGUU